AUGUUAUCAUCCGACAAUCUAAGUACCUUGCAUAUUUCAUAUAACAGCAUUUGUUUUCCUAGUUAUAUUAAACUAUUAUUUGACGUUAAAGUGUUUGUUGAAAAAUUAGCUUUGACUUAA